AUGUCCAAGUCGUGUGCAAAGAAGGGACCAAAUUCUGAGUUCUGCAAAGUCUUUGGCAGAUUUCCCUUCAACUACUCCAGGUUUCAGGAUGCUGCUGUGGAUGAUGCUGUGUUAAGGAAGAAAGAGCAGAAGGAUGUUGAACUCGAUAAGAAAAUCUUGGCUUUGCGGAAAAAAAAUGAAGCACUGAUACGAAGGUACCAGGAAAUAGAAGAGGACAAAAAGCGAGCGGAACAGGAGGGAAUGGCUGUUACCUCCAGGAGGCCCAAGCAGGAUGGACUCACUAUUACCAUCACCAAAGCUCACAACGACAAAAGGGUGGUGAGUGAGAAAAGGGGAAGCCCCUGUCCUACAAGCCCUGGGUUUGGCAUUGGCAGUGAGGAAGAAGAGGAGGAGGAGGAAGCAGAUCAUAUGUUCACAUUCAGGAUGGGGAAGAGGAUGCAGCUGGCUGUUACCAUGGACAACAAAGCAAAGGGCAAGAGGAUCGUCAGCGAGAAACGCGCCGAGAGCUUCCCUGGCCCGGGCCGAGUGCCGGACCUGAGCGAGGAGGAGAUGGACCAUUUGGUGGCUUUCCGACGGGGCAGGAGGAUGCAGAUUGCCAUCACCAUGGACAACAAGGAAAAGGGAGAAGAGCGGAGAACAGCAGAGAAGAGGAGAUCAGACAGUGACAGAGGCCCAGAAAGUGAGCACAGCCGGAAGGAUGGUGGGAAGCCAGUCCAGAAGAGCCCUGGAGACCCGAGUUUCCCCAUGAGUGGCCGGGAGCGCUCGGAGUACAUCCGCUGGAAGAGGGAGCGAGACCAGAUUGACCUGGAGCGCCUGGCACGUCACAAGAAUGCCAAGGGCGAGUGGCGACGGGCUUGGGAUGUGGAGAAGUCGGAGCACAUGUUUGAAGAGGACUUUGUUAAGGAUGGGGAGCCAGCCUUGGAUAAUCCCAGCAGUAAGAAAGGGGGAAGGAAUGCAAGAAAAUUCCAGCACAGGUCCUUUACUGCGGAUGGGAGAGGUGGAGGACAUCAUGGAGUGAAUGUGAGUGACCCUGGGCCGAAAGCAGUGCCUGCUGUGAGCAGCCGAGCCAAGGGGAAGGACAGACUGACAGGCAGAGCCAGAAGAUGGGAUGCAAAAGAAGGCAAGGACAUGUCUCUUGUGAAGGAUGACCUUGAUGGCCAGAGGAGCCUUGGUAUGGACAAGCGAAAUUGCAGAGGUGACGAGGGGGUGGAAGAGAACUGCACAGCUGAGCUGGAGGAAAAGGGGAAGCAGCCAAGCCUCCAGGAUCACGGGGCCUCCUCCUCACAGCGGCUGCGAAGUGGGAAGGUCCAGCCUGCCCAGAAUGGCCAGAAGGAGGAGCGGAGGGGAGUGAGGGGCUGCAGCACAGAGGUGUCUGUGGCCAGCGCUGGGGACUCAGAGCCAGGGCCCAAGCCAACCAAGGAAAGGGUUGGGGAAGAUGCCAAUGGGAAGCCUGGCACUGCCAACGUCUCCCAGGAGAAGGAGAGCGCUGACAGCACUGCUUCACAGAGCAGCCUUCAGAACACUCUGCAAGGCACCAGCCCUGGCAGCGAGGAGACCGUGUCACUGCCUGUGGGAGCGAAUGUAGAUGGAGCUGGGUUGGAGAAGCAGCCAGCUUCAGAACAGGAGUCCUCUGAGAACUCUUCCAACAGCCACGGAGGAAAGCUCGACACAGAAGCAGGAGACAGACUGGAUGCAGACCAAGGACAGCUGGUGAGCAAAGGAGGGGAAGAAGUGACCCAAACUACUGCUCUUGAGGGACAGGCACUUGCACUGAAAGGAAGUGAAGAUGCUGAAGGCACUGAACAUCACAAGCCUUUGCCCCCAGGGAAAGCCAGCUCUGACAAGGCUGUUGUGCCUGAGCAGGACAUGGCAAAAUCCCAGUCUGGGGAAGGGGACCAGCCUGAGGACUGCAAGGACAAGGACAGUGGGGACACUCACAACUAGCAGAUUGCCCGGCUUGCCUGACACAUAAGGAUAACGUGCUGGAGGCAGUGGAGGAGAAGAGGAGCACAAGCUUGUCCUCACUCUUUUACCUUCUAUGAAAUCAGCUUUCAGCACCUGUGCAGUGCCCUUCAGCACCAUUCACAACGUGGGGUCCCCAUCACCACCCACUCACAGUCCUGGCAUCCCCCUUCCCUAUCCGUGUGUCAAAGGACAGGGAAGGGUGCACACACUCCCACCCUACAGAGAAAACACCAUCACUUAGCUAUUUGUUUGGCAUAUAUUGCAGCUGUGUGGCAAGCCAAGGAAAUGUCUACUGGAUGCACUUUAUUUUAUUUAAUGACUAAUUCUUUUUAAACUUAUGGCUUGGGUUUCUGGGCACACAUGCUGUUUUUUCCCCAAAGGCUGGAGGCACGUGCCAGGGGCUGUACCAGCAACUGGAACAGCAGGAAGAGGUGACUGGCAAAGCAGAGGGGUGAGGUGUUAGGGUGUAGUUCAGUAGGUGGGUGAAGAAGUUGUGUUCAGAGCUCUUGUAUUAGAGGUUUGCACGUGGUUGAAGUGUUGGCAGAGGUGUAUGGUAGUGGCAGGGGCUGCGGGGCAUGAGCAGGAUGGAUGGAUGGAUGGAUGGAGCGCUUCUGACAAGCACAGAUCAAGCCAGCACCUCCUCUUUGAAGAGCCUCCAGCUGUCCUCCCCUUUGAGAGGCUGAGGAGCACAUCAGGACAGUGCUUUGUGCCAAGGAAGGUGCCUGCUCGGGUGAGCAGGUGUGUGCAUAACCCAGCAAACUCCGUGCCCCCUUCCCAAGUGUAACUGGGCAUCCCUGCAGCACGGCAAGGAGGGGGAUAGCACAAUAAUCUUCCUCCCCCACCACACUGCCCAAAGCAGUUGGCAGCAGGACCCAGGCCAAACUGGAGCUGGAGGUCCAAGACUUUGUAUGAAACAUUUUCACCUUCCUGGUUGUGCCUUGCAUAGCCUUGUGUUUCAUUAAGAGAGCAGGAAUCCUCUCUAAGCUGCUCUGCAGACCUUCUGACCUGGCCUUAAAGAUACCUUUCAAAUGGAGGAUCUGGAGGAGCUUUACAAGCACAAACAUGCAGGAAUUCUAGCUGCUUGGCUUUUCAGUUACAGCAAGCUAGGACCCAGCUGGAAUACAGCUAUCAGUUAAGGAGAAGGCACAAGGAAUAACACAACAUAAUUUCUGACUUCUGAAUGACAGGGCAGAGUCGGCAUCACCCUCACUUCAAGGCUGCUCUAAAAUUUGAUGCCAGAGUAAGCGUCCCUGGGACAGGUAUAUGUGGAGACUGCCUGGAAUGUCCUGCAGGAUGUUGGCUGACCAGGCUGGCAGACUGCCCUGGAGAUCAGGUUGGCAUGUGUGGACUGAAAUACUCUAUGCUGCUUUAAUAAACUAAUAUUUGCACAGACAAA